GAAAGAAAGGAUGAAGCACAUUUUCAAACUUGCUGAUCUGUUCUGAUAUUCCAAUGUAGUUACCAUUGUCAAGUCUACCAAAAAUUUCACUUGUGCCUCAGAAAGCCAGUCCAUGUUCAGCCAAAAACAUCACGAGUGCCACCGCUCUUUCCAAAACUUCAGCCCAGUCUGUAGAGACCUCAUGAUUCUAAACGUUUUUCAAAUCUGUCAAUCUGCCCCAUCAGAUGCACCUCAGUCUAACACAUGAUAGCCGUUUUGUGACGCCGUUUCGUGUUCAGCUUUGACCAAUGAGAAGUAUCGAUAUCCGUGCGUGAUGACCUGGCAGACUGAACCACACUCUGAGACCAGACAGACGCUCAGGUCGGCUGUCUGUCUGCUUCUCUUCGUUACUGACAAACCUCAUUUAUUCCCCUGAUAAUGUGGAUGUUGCAGUGUGUGCGCACAGGGACACGGUCCUCACACCUUGUGACUCGCUUAACUCUUUAUCUGCUGAUGAUGGUGGAAACAGAGUUAAAGGCAUUUUAUUAAUCAUUUAUGAUCACUUACAUCGAGUUCUUAUUAUCAGAUAAUUCCGCUGUUUUACUAAACAUGGCCUGAUCUCCGGGCUCUGCGGCCUGCACCGAUCUGAGGUCAGGUAUGUGUCCCAUAUAAAUCCUGUCAGGCUGUGAGUCUGCGCUUCGAACCGACCUCAGAUCUGCUCCCCAGUGCGUCAGAAAGCCCGCACACUCACUCUGGCUUUCUCCUCCGGGGUCGCUGAGCCGCCAUAUUUGUACCAGAUUUAACAUAAAAAGAACAGUUUUUAAACCCGUUCCCGGCAGGUGAACGCCCAUCAGAGUCUGAUUUAAUUCAGGAGACGUAAAGUUGCGAGAUUCUACGUGAAAAGAAGAUGUCGUUGGUGGACCUGGGCAAACGGCUGCUGGAGGCGGCGCGGAAAGGCCAGGACGAUGAGGUCAGAAACUUGAUGGCCAACGGAGCUCCGUUCACCACCGACUGGCUGGGGACAUCCCCCCUCCACCUGGCUGCUCAGCACGGUCAUUAUUCCACCGCUGACGUUCUGCUGAGGGCUGGCGUCAGCAGAGAUGCCCGCACCAAAGUGGACAGGACCCCGCUGCAUAUGGCCGCUGCUGAGGGGCACACCGUGAUUGUCGAGCUGCUGGUCCGGAGCGGUGCUGACAUCAAUGCCAAAGACAUGCUGAAGAUGACAGCUCUGCACUGGGCAGCACAGCACGGACACCACGGCGUGGCCGAGACCCUCAUCAAACACGGCGCCGACGUGCAUGCGCUCAGUAAGUUCGACAAGACGCCGUUCGACAUCGCUGUCGACAUCCAGAACACCGAGCUGAUGCUGCUUCUGCAGGAGGGCAUGCAGAACCAGGUGAACAUGAACCAGGUGAGCAUGAAUGUGGAGACCAGUGCCACCACCAACCAGCCGCAGUUCAUCAUCCAGGGAAUACCCGCCAUACAGGGGGGCGUGGUCAACCUGGCCGAGCUGCUCAACAAGGCCAACGCGGGAGAUUCAGAGGAGGCGAUGGCAGCCAGUGCUCUGGACUCCAAUAUCCAGCACGCUGCUGUGGUCAACGAGGGGGGUCAGCGAGUCAUCACCAUAGUAACGGACCAGCACGGCAACCUGCAGACCACGGGAGCGAUGUCACAGCCGUUCUUUGUGACCAUGCAGCACGGACAGCAGAUGCUGGCGGUGCCGGCCAACACAGUGACGGAGGAGGUGGUGACAGAGGAGCCUCAGCCUCCGCCCUCCAGGAAGAGGAAGCUGGAAGUGACCAACAACCACAACGACACAGGAGAGACGGAGCUGUUGCAGAGGCAGCUGCAGGAGGCCAACAGGAAGGCGCAGGAGUACCGGCAGCAGCUGCUGCGUAAGGAGCAGGAGGCAGAGGAGUAUCGCAUCAAGUUGGAGGCCAUGGCCCAGAGUCAGGCCAACAGCACCAACACCACCACCGUCAGCACCGCCGCCAACACUGCAGCCAGCCCUGAGGAGGUGGUAGGAGGGGAGGACGAGGAGGAGGGGGCCGGCAGCAUGGUGGAGGAGGAGGGAGAGAUGGUUGUGCUGCAGGAGGGAGGCAUUAUCAUGGAGGGGGAGGAGGGCCAGGUGACGCUGGUGGAGACAGGGGGAGAGACGGCGGAGGUCAGCUCCUAACAGAGAGGGAGGGGGAACAGGGUGACGCACUGACAAAAAGACAUAACAGGAGAGUGUUGGUUUGACUCACAAGUUUGCAUCCCAUUUAACAGAGUGUGAAGGAGGAGAAGAAACAGGACCAUUUCAAGUGUGUACCGUUUUGAACCCCCCCCCCCCAAAAAAAAAUUUAAUGCAGUUGAAAAGACACAAAAUGGCUUCCCCUACCAUGGGAAGAAAUAUGACUGUGGGUUUCAGUUGUGCAGAUUUUUAAUCCCUGAAAGAUGACUAGUGGAGGCCUAAACAAACAUAAUGGAGUAUACUCAUGCACCAUUUUGAAUCCCACUUUGACAGUACAUGACAGUAGAAAAGCAAAAGAAUUUCCCCAAAAAGUAAAAAGAGUACGAAGAGAGAGACAGAUUAAUGGAAGCCUUAACAAAAAUGAUAGCAUUUAAGUGUGCACCAUUUGGAAUCCCUGAAUGAUUUAAUAUCAACAUCUCAAAGGAGAAGCAAAAUGGCUUCCUCAAGAAAAAAAAUGGUAUGGAAGAGAAAGACAGGACUUAAAAGAUGUUGUAGUGGACCUUAGUUGGGCGCCAUUUUGAUGAGUCAAUAACAACACUUCAAAGAGGGACACAAAGUGGCUUUUCCAAAAAGGCAAAUAGUUGGAAGAUAAUAGACUGAAAAUAGAAUUAACAUAUGCAUUUAAUUCUGCACCAUUUUGAAUCCUUGAAAGAUGCAAUAUUUUGGGAGAGAAGAAGUAAAAUGUUGUGCCCCAAAAUGGGCUGAAAAACAACUAAACAGCAAUGGCAGUGCAUAUUAGUUUUGUACCAUUUUGAGUUCUCAGUUCUUUAACUGAAUAACCUAUAUAAGUGGGAUGCAAAAUGGCUGCCACAGACAGAAUAGACACUGGAUGAAAGGAAGGAAAAAGAUAAAUGAACUCAGGAGGGAGGUGGAUCCUUUGCUCAAAGGCACAUUAACUUUUUUGGAUUUUGUUUGAACCUCAAUCAGUGAUCCCAAACCAAAGCAAACAAAGACAUGAGGCUUGGGAUGUUAGUUCUCCCAGUAUACAGCCCUGUCUGUUUCCUUAACAUCACUUUAAAGCAUCAUUUUGCUUCUGUAUUGGAACAGUUAUAGGAUCCCCAAAACAAAGAGCAGCUGGUUUGUGUAAACUAAGGAGUAUUCGUACAGCAGAGGAAUUUUAGUUUUUACCCCUUGACGCUUGGACACAGAUUGUUAUCCCCACUAUAGCCAUUAAUGUUUUUAUUUUUGUUGUGUUCAGUUUCACAGUGUAAAUUGUUGUUUACCUGUUGUCUAAAUUGGGAUCACUUUGCCCUUUCAGAAAACCCACUAGAAGAGUUCUUGCUCUGCCUUGCACCAUUUUGCUUCCCCAAAAGAGGACAUACAAUAAGGCCCAACUGAGAACUGAAAACAAAAAAAAUAUCAUUUUUUCUUUUGGGACACUACAGUAACUCUGAACUGUUUUUCUGUUUUGUUUUGUUUUUUGUUGUUGCUUUUUGAUUUAUACGUUUCUUGUUUCUGGACGUAACCUUUCAGAGGCAACAUCAUGUCAAAGAUCAGAACAAUUUCAUAUGAGCUCUAUAAAGACCAUUUGGAGCGCAAAACAAGGUUGUUUCCCAGAA